AUGGAAACAGCUUGGAGCAGACUCGAAGAUGGCAGUCCGUCGAAUGAAGAAUCCAACGAGAUGACCCAGAUGAGCAAUGGGGGACCCCAGCCAGUCGUGUUAUUCGAUAGAUUCUUCCAUGCCUUGAGAUCCAUUGGGCUUUUGUUAUUGCCAAGCCCCAUUGCUGUCUACUGCGGCAUUGUUCGAGAAGAGUAUGGCUACUUGGGCACCACGAAAUAUCUAACUGGCCUUCGAGGAGCCGCGAGCCUCGCUGUUUUCGCAGAGCACUUUCUGAUGCGGUUUCACCCUCACAUGCUCGAUGAGUAUGGAAGCCAUCCCCGUGUUUACCAGCUCCCGGGGAUUCGGCUUCUAUAUUCUGGAAGUGUUAUGGUGUCUAUCUUCUUCUUCAUCUCUGGAUUCUCACUCUCGAUUCAACCGCUGAAAGCUAUAUACAGCAAAGACUGGGAACAUCUCCACCAUGUAAUAUUCUCGGCAAGUCUCAGACGAGCUGUUCGAUUAAUUCUUCCUCCGGCCAUAAUAACCUUUGUGGUCAUGAUUGGAGUGCGAUUCGGCCUGUAUCAAGCCCACUAUGAUGGUCCAGUUGAUAUGGACCUUACAGGUCCCGCCAGACUCCCAACUUUUGCUCUCCAGUUUCUCGACUGGAUGGAAUACGUCCUGGGUCGAUUGAUCUAUCCAGACACUUGGCUCCGUCCUCUUCCGAACGUGACCGAGUCCGACUAUGCCGUCCCGCUGUAUACCAUCCCCCAAGAACUAUGGUCGUCAUUUAUACUUUUCAUGGUCAUCAUUGCGUUGAGCAAAGUCAAGCCAGCUUUUCGGCUGACCACAGUUUUCUUUUUGAUCGUGUUUUCUGCCUGGUCCAUGCGCAAAGAGAUAUCAUGUUUUCUUGGCGGAAUGAUUUUGGCCGAGCUUCACCUGCGUCUCGAAAUCAACACAGGCCCUAAACCUCUGGGUUCGACCUCGAAAGUCAGAAAUUAUCUUCCUUUGUGCCUCUGGACAUUUGUCCUGGGCCUCGGUGUGUGGCUGGGCUCAAUUCCUCAUGCACGCGGCGCAUAUGGCUCCUCUAGCCUUGGUUACUGUACCAUUUCCAAAUUAAUCCCAUGGAACUCCAAUGUAUAUACCGUCGGGGCUGGCCUAAUGGUCCUAGCCAUUGAUCGGCUCCCAUUUCUUCGGGCGCUCUUCUCCUGCCCACCUGCUCAAUACCUAGGGCAAAUCUCAUUUGCACUUUAUAUAGUUCAUUGGCCAAUUCUCGCCUCGUGGGGUUGGGCGGUGGUACCCUUUAUGUGGAAAGUCACCGGAAACGACACGGCCGUCCGUUAUGAGGCAGGAUUUGCGCUUGCGGUUUUUUGCGUGACACCAGUGGUCCUGUGGGCGGCCGACUUUAUGGGGAGACCGAAGAAGAAGCUUUGGAGCCGAAGAGUCAAGCAGGUUGGGGAGAAGAGUAAUGGCCAUGCGACAGCGCCAACAGAGCCCGAGUUGGGCAACAUUCAAGCUGGCACUGAAGACGUAUUCCCACAGCGCUCGCCAGAGAAAACGCCAGAGCGUGAGUGGGACGAUGAAACUAUCUUGGUCAGCAAUGUGUUGCCAUCGCCCGCUUUGUCGCCUCCUUGUCGAGAGAAUCAGCAACAGCAGGCCGAUUCCCCUGUACAUGAAUCUCCUCAGAAACAGCAACAGCUAUCUUCAGUCGUAGAAGAGUUGCAAGAUAAAACCCAAUCUCUUCGACAGAACACUGUGCCGAUUGAGGAAGACAACGUGGUCACUAGUCACAUUAUACCACGCGGUUUCGAAUCAGACUCAGGGAAUCGCGGUACGAAAGAGACAGCUCUCGAUUCGGCGGACGACUUGAUCUCCCAAGAAGUUCUAGACACGGACUUCUCGGCAUGGUCUCCAAUCGUCUUUGAGUCUGAAAGUAACAAUUUCUUUUCAUCGCACGAAAAGAGCAUCGCAAUUGGAACUCCUAGUAGCAAUAGGCAGUCCGAAAUGCCGCUGCCGUCAACAUCGUCGUCAAAAUCGUCGUCAUCAUCACCAUCGAACCAUAGACAAGAGCGUGUGGCAAUAUCCAAGGCCACGGAAGCUUGGACUUGA